AUGGCUUCCUCUACCCUUUACAUGAUUUUCAUUCUCUUUCUUCAACUUAUGUUAGUCCAUGGAAACAUUGCUCCAAUCUCAACACUCACUGCCACCACCAACAAUAACAAUUCAUGGCUAUCACCUUCUGGUGAAUUCGCCUUCGGGUUUCGCCAACUUAACACCUCAACAAACCCUUUCAUGCUUGCAAUAUGGUACAACAAAAUACCUGAUAAAACCGUUGUUUGGACUGCCAGAGACACAAACAACAAUAACAAUCUCUUACAAGUACCAACGGGAUCAAAGAUUCAGUUAACAUCAGGAGGACUUACUUUGACAACUCCACAAGAUAUGAUCAUUUGGACAGCACAGCCAAACGCUGUGGUUUCCUAUGGAAACAUGCUUGACACCGGAAACUUUGUUCUUGUAAACAACAUUUCAACUGUUUGGGAAAGUUUCGAGUUUCCUACUGAUACCCUUUUGCCUAAUCAAUCUCUUGGGUUAAGUAACACCUUAACUUCAAGAUUAUCAGAGAACAACUUUACAAGUGGAAGGUUCCAGCUUUAUUUUAAUGAUGCUGAUAAAAAUCUCAUGUUAAGUCCACUUGCAUGGCCUACUCAAUUUCGUUACGAUUCUUACUAUACAAAUGAUGUUCCUAACUCGGCUUCUUCGAGUUUGGUUUUUAAUGAAUCAGGAGAUGUUUAUGUGGAAACAAAUAAUGGGACUAGAAUGAAACCACAGGGUGCACAGUGGGGCAAUUUGGAUUCUGAUCCUAAGUUGUAUUAUUAUAGAGCAACGCUUGAUUAUUAUGGAGUUUUCACUCAAUAUUCUCAUCCAAGAGAUACAAAGGCAAAGCAAGAUUGGACUAUUGUGAGGUAUGUUCCUGAGAACAUUUGCAAUGAUGUGGACAAUGAAAUGGGUGGUGGUUCUUGUGGUUAUAAUAGCUAUUGCUCCAUGGACAAUCAGAGACCUACUUGUAAAUGUCCUUAUGGUUACUCGCUGGUAGAUCCGAGUAAUCGAUUUGGUGGGUGUCAACUGAACUUCACACUUGGUUGUGGAGCUGAUAAUGGUGAAGGAUUGAAUGUGAGGCUAGAAGAUUUAUAUGAGUUUACUGAACUUAAAGGUGUAAAUUGGCCUUUAUCAGAUUAUGGAAGGCUGCAACCUUAUUCUCAACAGGAGUGUCAACAAUCUUGUUUGCAUGAUUGUUUGUGUGCUGUUGCUGUUUUCAAUGACCAAACUUGUUGGAAGAAAAAAUCGCCUCUUGUCAAUGGAAGAGAAGAAAAUGGUGACCAUAUAGUACUUAUUAAAACAAGAGUUUCUCCUCUUGGUAAAAUAGGUACUGGUUCUUACACUGACUUGACAAAAGACGAUGUUAAGCGGACUCUUCGAGGACUACUUAUUGGUUCAGCAGUCUUCAAUAGCAUAUUCUUGGCUGUGAUUGUUUUCGUCAUUUUGUUGAAGCCGAAAAGGGUUGUUGUCCAAGGUGCAACUCUCUUGGAAACAAAUUUAUGUUCCUUUAGUUAUGAAGCAUUAAAAGAAGCUACGCAGGGUUUUAAUGAAGAACUAGGUAGAGGUUCCUUUGGAAUUGUUUACAAAGGUGAAUUAAAAGCAGCAUCAUCUAGUAAUGUUGUUGCUGUUAAGAGAUUGGAUCGGUUAGCACAAGACCGCGAUAAGGAAUUCAAGACCGAGUUGAGUGCCAUUGGUAAAACCUGCCACAAAAACUUGGUAAGGUUGAUUGGAUUUUGCGAUGAGGGAAUCCAUAGAAUGUUGGUGUAUGAGUUCAUGAGCAAUGGUAGUCUUGCAGAUAUCUUGUUUGGACAAUCCAAACCCAAGUGGAAUCAAAGGGUUGGAUUUGCUUUGGGGAUUGCAAGAGGGUUGGUGUACUUACAUGAAGAGUGUGACACUCCCAUCAUUCACUGUGACAUAAAGCCUCAAAAUAUACUCAUAGAUGAGUACUUUACAGCUAAGAUCUCUGAUUUUGGACUGGCCAAGUUAUUGUUGGCUGAUCAGAGUAGAACAAAUACAAUGAUCCGCGGAACACGGGGUUAUGUGGCUCCUGAAUGGUUCAAGAAUGUUCCUGUGACAGCUAAAGUGGAUGUUUACAGCUUUGGCUCCAUGUUGUUGGAAAUUGUUUGCUGCAGAAAAAGUGUGGUGCUGAUGGAGCCAGGGGAGGAAGAGAAGACAAUUUUGGCAGAUUGGGCUUGUAAUUGCUAUAUGGAAGGGAGAAUAGAUGCUCUUGUGGAGAAUGAUCAAGAGGCCUUGGGUGACAUUGGAAGGCUAGAAAAGUGGAUAAAGAUAGCAAUUUGGUGCAUUCUUGAGCAUCCUGAAACAAGGCCAACGAUGAGGAUGGUCGUGCAAAUGCUAGAAGGUGUUGUUCAAGUCCCUAAUCCACCAUCACCUUUCUCCUACAGUUCAAUUCCUUGA